UAGGAUUUGCCCGCUUUUUUUUAAGGGCUAGCCUAGUGGUCCUCUCACAUUUGUUUAAACAAUCUCCCGUCGAGUCCAAAACCCGCGGGAGUGACCUGUGACCCCCAAUUUUUCAAAGUGCAAUUAUUCCGGAGCACUUCAGGGUCCAUCCGACACCAUGUCUUCGGAGACCUAGGAAUUUUUAUUUCCAUAUCAGAAUUUUAAUUACCGGUCGUAUCUGUACUCAGCGGAGCAACGUUAAGGUUUAUCUACCCUGCAUAUUUUUUUCCACAAGUUUUGUGCGCGCACGUGGCACAGAAGGUGAAGAGGUACCGCGAGCAGGGAUUUUCAAAGUGACCGAGUGGCAGGAAGAUCAGUGGAAAUAAAUUAGGAGUAAUCGAGGAAAUUGAGAGGGAAAUCAAGGGAAAUCAGGGAAAGUCGAGGAUGCCUCCGCAGGAGAAAUUCGAAACCACCGUGCCGAAUUGUCUGUCAAAUGACAAUGACAACGUUUGCCCGAGUUUGGCACCGAGUGCCUGCGAGACAAUUUGCCCGUCUCAGCCUCCGAUCUCGUCGAAAGAUGAGAAGAACCUGGAUUUCGAUGAUCUUUUGCCACACAUUGGGGAAUUCGGGGUCUACCAGAAGAUUUUGUUCAUCCUGAUGAUCCCGUUCGCGUGUUUCGUGGCUUGGGUCUACUUUUCGCAAAUAUUCAUCACUCUGGUCCCUGAAGAACAUUGGUGCAGGAUUCCCGAGCUGGAGAACUUGACGAUGGCGCAAAGAAUAGCCCUGGCAAUUCCACCAGCUGCGGAGGGCGAAGAGAGCACCAAGGAAUACUCCAGGUGCACUAUGUACGCGAUCAACUAUACGGAAGUACUUCAGAGCGGGAUCACCACGGCCAAUCUGAGCUGGCCGACCGAGAAAUGCCGACACGGCUGGGAAUUUAAUUUCACGGACUUGCCUUACUCCACCGUGUCGACCGAGCUCGAGUGGGUCUGCGAGAAGGCCGCAUUGCCGUCCCUCGCGCAGAGCGUGUUCUUCGUGGGCGCCAUCUUCGGGGGCCUGAUCUUCGGAUGGAUCGCCGAUCGGUACGGCAGAAUUCCCGCUCUGGUCGGUACCAACAUGGCGGGUUUCCUGGCCGGCGUCGCCACCGUCUUCGCCACCAACUUCUGGCAGUUUUCCGCCUGCCGAUUCCUCGUAGGCCUGGCCUUCGACAACUGCUUCACCAUGAUGUACAUUCUGGUCUUGGAGUACGUGGGACCAAAAUGGCGGACGUUCGUGGCGAACAUGUCCAUAGCGUUGUUCUUCACAUUCGCGGCCUGCAUCCUGCCCUGGAUAGCGUACUUCUUAGCCGACUGGAGGAUGACGUGCAUCGCGACGUCGGUUCCUUUGGUCCUUGCCAUCGCGACGCCCUGGAUGGUGCCGGAAAGUGCAAGAUGGCUCGUCAGUCAGGGCCAGGUCGACAAGGCCAUCGGGAUCCUGAGGAAAUUCGAGCGGAUUAAUGGUACCAAGGUCCCCGAGAACGUCUACAAAGAGUUUAAGGAUAGCUGUGCCAGGUUGCAGAAGGAAGAGGAGGCCGAUAGGUCCUAUUCCGUGUUGGACCUCUUCAGGUCUACCCGACUUCGGAAUACGACGAUACUGUUGAUCGUGAUCUGGAUGAUCAUCUCGCUGGUCUUCGACGGACACGUACGGAAUGUGGACAACCUGGGACUGAACGUCUUUGUCACCUUCACCAUAGCCUCGGCUACCGAACUCCCUGCUGACACCUUCUUGACGGCCGUUCUGGACAGAUGGGGAAGAAGAUGGCUCGCUUUUGGUUCCAUGGUACUCUCCGGCAUAUUCAGCAUCUGGGCCUCCGCAGUUUCCGACCAUAUGUACGCCGCAUCUCUCGCGAUCUUUGGUCGGUUUUGUGUGAACAUCUCCUACAAUAUCGGGCUGCAGUAUGCUGCAGAAGUCCUGCCAACCGUUGUCAGAGCUCAGGGUGUUGCCUUGAUUCACAUAAUGGGAUACGUUGCCAGCAUCGUGGCUCCUUUCAUCGUGUACAUGGCAGUGUUUUCUCCGGUGCUUCCGCUUUUGGUAUUAGGCACCCUUGGUGUCCUUGGGGGAGGACUCGCCCUUUUCCUCCCGGAGACGCUCGACAAGGACCUCCCGCAGACUCUUCAGGAUGGCGAAGACUUCGGGAAAGACCAGGCCAUUUGGGAUAUGCCCUGUCUCAUGAAGAGGGCAGAGGACGAGGAAUCGGCGAUGAAGAGGAGCUUCACGAGAGGCAGCAUCCGAGGAUCUUUGCGAGCCUCACGUCGAGGCGAAACCCUGAGGAGCAGUAUGAUACAACGAUCGAGCAUUAGGUCGCACAAGAGUAUGACCUCUCCCAUAGAAGUGGAAAGACUGUAGGUUGGAGGUUGCCAGUAGGUCGGGAUUCCCUUCAGCUGGUCCUUCCGGCUCUCAAAGUCGUGUGAUAAGCCGGAGCUCGAGAGGCCACGAGAAAUGUUUUUGUAGGAAGCCAUGCUUCACGGCUCUCCGAGUCCGGGAUUUUCGUAGCUUGUACAUAGCGCGUUCUUAAGGAUUUUGUUAAAUUAUGCUUAGGAUAAAGAAAAGAAAUAUGUAUCGUCAGGUCAUGGCUCGUUAGGACGCCGACAAGGAUGCAAAUCGCUUACGUGCUUUUGCCUGCUUACUUGACGAAACGAUACUCGGACAGGUCGACGAAUGCUGACUCGCGAGUUGACGGCCAAGAGCUGAAAAUCAUUCCAUUGUGAUAGUAAGUUAAUAAGAUUUUGUAAGGACCGAUAAAAGCGAUCGCCAGGCCCGACAGCGGCGCUGUUGCACCUAUUUAUAGCAAUUAAGAACCCGGAUUUUAAAUCUUAUGCGUGCGGAGCAGUUUUAACGCCGCUCCCCGAUAGUCGGCAUGUACUCGUUUUCUCAGAAAAUAAAAACGAUAUUUAUAUGCUCGUAAAA